AUGCAACUACCUUUGACUACAUUGCUCCUUGCUCCAGGCAUCACCGGGGUCUUGGCAGCUGACCAGGCGCCUCUUACCGGCGACAACGGCAACUGUCUUUCCUCUCCGAGCUAUAAAUCUUGUUGUCCUACCCAGCAAUCCUCGGGAAAAGGCGGUAUCAGCGGAAGUACGUUCGAAUAUGUCUGUGGCUCCUGGUCGUCGGGUGCUGUCAAGCAGGCAGACAAAGCACUCACGCCUGCGCAUUGCGCUCAGGUGUGCGCCCAGGAUCCGCAGUGUGUCGCAGGAGCCUGGUCCACGGGAACUUGCUACAUAACAAAGGACCCUGCUUACAAGCGCUUCGGUCCCAGUAGCAACAACAUCAUACUCCUCGUCAAGACAGAUGAUGCGUUCGGCGGUAGCACACAAGGCGGGACUGGCCGCCAGAACGCAGCCGAGUGCGCGAAUGAGAAAGACGCCAUCCGGCGCCAGAUGACAUCUCAGUGCGACAGCGAGAAACAGAAGCUCCAGAAUGGCUGCAAGGAUGACGUACGGAAGGCGGAGGAAAGUUGCAAGAAGGAGAAAACAGCACUCGAGGCGAAGGCGGCCUCAAUUACGCAGGAGAAGGCGCAAUGCGAGGCUGAGAAGGCUCGGGAGCUUACCGACGCUAAAACGCAAUGCGACAAUGACAAGACUCGAGAGAUUACCGAUGCCAAAUCGAAGUGCGAUGCCUCAAAGUCCGAUAUCGAAAAGCAACUGCAACAAUGUCAGAGUCAACAGGGCCAGGGCCAGAAUAACCAGCAAGAGUCCCCGCAACAAGCCGAGUGCAGGACCAUGUCGUGGCAAGGCAUGUGUGGCGGCAGAAAAUGUGCAGACAAAUUCUCCGUCGAGGGCGUCGAGUAUGCGCGUCAAUGUGGCGUUGCUACAUUGAACACGCGACAGAAGCCCGUUGCGACUACGGUCUACCAUACGCCAUGGGACUGCUUGAAGGCUGAGUGCAACGGAGUCUCGAGCUGCAUGGGUAUUGGGUGGACUGACGCAUUUAAUCUGUGCCACGUCCACCUGCAUGCGAACACUGCGGGAAAGAUCCUGAGGCCUCACCCUCAACACCAUGCUCUGUUCAAGGUGGACUGGAAACAGCCAUUCUGA